AGCUAUAGCCCGUGACGACGGUCGGUACUUGAAGUUUGUCGCUGUUAGAGUCGGGCACAGAAGAUCUGAAAGAAGCAAUGGACAAGAAACCUGAAGUCAAAAUAGAACCCGAGGACAAGAAAACCGGAAAGACCAGGUCCCAGCCUCGUUUCAAGAUCGCGCUGGGAUUGGCUGUAGCCUUGCUGCUUGUGACUUGCGCAGUGGCGGCUGGUGGGCUGAUGACGUAUUAUCGGGGGAAAUGCCAACAUAAAAGGUUCACCAUUAAGGCCUCCGUAGGCGGUCAAACAUUCACAGAGGAGGUAGAAGUGGACCGUGAAAACGGCAUGGUGGUGUACCGUGAUGACGUUAGCACUGAAGAGGGAGAGAUCAUACAAACUAAAGAGGGUUUGUCAGUGCUGUACCAGAGAGGCAACUGUUACCUGUUGGAGGACAAAAAUAACGACCAGACGAGCGACUUUAACAUCGAUGAGGUGGAAGCUGCAAUGGAAUCUUUAACUGAUACUAAUGACAUACCGAGCUUUGACGUUGACCGAGUGAUCUUCCUGAACCGGUCAGUUCCGGUUAGCCCUGAAGAUGACGUCAUCCUACGAUCGCAACUGCCACCUUUGUGUCGUGACGUCACACUGUACCGUGUCCAAGAGGAAAACGCUCGAGAUUAUUUGCAACAGAAAAACGACGAUGGAAUAGGGACGGAAAUGUCCCACAAUCGUGUCAGGCGGUCUGAAGGAUGGUGCCGAGGAGGGAUGAAAAUCAGGCUUUUGUACGCGGGACAAUGUUUGUGGCACCCCCCGUGUAGAUGUGAAUAUCAGUGCAGGCGGGGAUGCCAUUGUAUUAAGAUGGAGUUUUCGUGUGGUGGGGGUGAAUAUAGUGGGUAGAUUGCAUUUAUAACUUGUCUCCUCUGUGUGUUUUCUAUUUAUUCUUGGUUUCCUUUUUUUGAUUAUGAAUAAUAUGAUUCAUCAAUAUUUUGACACGCAGGCCUGACAUGGUCAUAUACAUUUUGUCUUGUUGAUAAUUGUAUACUGACAUCAUUGUCAUUGUCAUGAUUAUCGGGUGAUGAAAACUUGAUAUAUUUUGGUUGAUUUUAGAAAGGACAAAAUGUCACAGGAAUUUAAAAACCAAUUUCUUUGUUAUAUCAUAAUAAACAUGUCAUGCACUGUAUGUCAUGUUUAAUAUAGAUCUAGUGUCUAGUUUUUCUGUUAGCUAAAAGUUAAAAGAUAUUAAAGAAUUGUUUGUAAUAGCCAUACCUGUAUUUACAUCUGUUUGUCUUGUGUGUUUUUUGGUAGCCUUUUUGUU